GGCCUCUAAAUCCAUAAUCAUAAGCCCUUCUCUUCCGUAGUGUUGCAUCGCGUCCUCCAGCCAUCAACAGGAACAUGCCCGCCGACAUAAGCUCUCUCACGGGAGGAUCCCUCCUAGUUGCCUGGCAGCUCAAGGACAAACACGUUCUUAUUGUUGGUGGUGGAGACGUUGCCUCAGGUCGCAUUGAAUCUGUCCUCGCAGCAGAUGCACGCAUCACCCUCAUAUGUCCUAGUUCCGGCCUCCACCCCCUCACAAAGCGCUUCAUCGAGGCUACGGACCGCAUCACCUAUUGUGACCGAGUCUUUGCUGCGGAGGACGACCUAGUCGGGGUUGACAUGGCCCUCACAGCCAUCGACCAGGUGGAAGAAUCACGCAGAGUCUGUGCACUUUGCAGAGAACAUAAGAUCCCGGUCAACGUCGCCGAUAUUCCCGAGUCUUGCGACUUUUACUUUGGGUCCCAGAUCCGCGACGGUCCUCUUCAGGUCUUAAUUUCCACCAACGGUCAAAGCCCCAAACUUGCCAACAUCAUCCGCAAACGUGUAGAACAAGCAUUGCCCAACUGUGCGGGAGACGCUAUCAGCAAGGUCGGAGAGCUUAGAACCAAGCUUAAGGAACGUGCUCCCGGUGUGGGCGGUGAGCUGGGAAAGCGACGGAUGCGGUGGAUGAUCGAUAUCUGUACUUCAUGGGAAAUGGAAGACCUGGCGUUGAUGGACUCCCCCAUGAUGGACAGACUUCUCGAUGAUGGGUGGGAGCAAAACGUUACCCCCAACCCCGAUCAGUUCAAGGCUCUACGCGGCCGUCGUUCGGGCUCGGCGUCCCACGCGACCAGCGCGUCCGGCGUCCUACUCCCCAUCCUUGCUUUUGCAACUGGCGUGAUAUGCUCUGGCUUGUGGAUGUCGCAGCGGGUCCGCUAAUUAUUGUUGUCCCUCGACCCCCAGGCCGCCAUAUACAGGAACAUUUAACUUUAAAUCAUAGAUGCAUUUCAUAGACAUGAUUACCUCAUUAACAGCAGCUGCCUUCGCAGUAAUAGUAACGGAAGACUGCAAAUAUUGGAACAUUCAAUCACUAUUUUGCCCGAAACCUACAAGCACAUCCAUGUCGGCUCACGGCAAACUUAUCAAUCAUAACGCUACAGUCUUGUGGCUGUUGCGGCCGGCCAUCUGGCUACGGUCGGACCCUGGCAGUGGCCUAACGGUAUCUUAUCGUAUGGACGCGGACGUAGAACAUAGUGUUGAUUUUUCACCUUCAAUAUUU